GAAAAAAAAAGAAAAAAAAAGAGAGAGAGAGAGUGAAAAUCACAACAAAGCAAGCCAUCGCGUGCUACAUAUUCACCACUCAGAAAAUGUCUUCUUCUUCCUCUUCCCUCUCCCUCUUCACUCCCAACAAAUUGCUCCAACCCCAAACCCUAACAUCUCGCCCUAAUCCCCCGCAUCCGCCGUCCGUUUCCCUCCGAUCCCACCGCCGCAACAUCUCCACCGUCCGAUCCUCUCUCAUAGAGCCCGCUCUCAGGGCGCCCGACGACCUCGUCGCCUCCAUCCUCUCCAAGGUUAGGGGAACUGAUCGAGGAGUUUCGCUUACAAAGGAUGGACAUAACGAGGUAGCUGAUGUAGCAAUUCAACUCGCAAAAUACUGUGUUGACGAUCCUGUUAAAUGCCCACUAAUUUUUGGAGAGUGGGACGUCGUAUACUGCUCGGUGCCGACGUCGCCUGGAGGAGGUUACCGCAGUGCCCUCGGCCGCCUCGUCUUUAAGACAAAUGAAAUGGUGCAGGUCGUCGAAGCCCCAGAAACGGUGCAGAACCGAGUCGCGUUCUCCCUUUUCGGAUUCCUCGACGGCGAAGUAUCCUUGACAGGCAAACUAAACGUACUCGACAGCAAAUGGAUUCAGGUUAUAUUUGAACCCCCCGAACUGAAGAUCGGGUCGCUGGGUUUCCGGUACGGCGGCGAGAGUGAAGUGAAGCUCGAGAUCACGUACAUUGACGAGAAAAUCCGGCUUGGUAAAGGUUCGAGAGGUUCGCUGUUCGUCUUCCUACGGCGAGGAUAAACUUAUACUGGUGCUCAUCUUUUUCCAAUUGCAAGAGAAUACUGAGAAUGUGAUCUAAUUGUGUGAGAAUCACUUCUGGUGCGCGUGUUUCAGAUGACUUAAAAAACUUUUUAGAGGAAACAAUUUGAUUGAUACCUUGAUGUUAUGUGCUUA